AUGGCACCCCGGCCGUCGUCAGGGGAACUAUGGGGUCUUCACCUGAUGCCCCCGCGCAUCCUGGUGGACUGCUGUCUUCCAAACGGAAUGAUGGUGAGUCUGGAGUGUCUUCGAGAAACACCACUCAUCAGCAUCAAGCAGCAACUCUUCACAGAGGCCAGGAAGUAUCCGCUAUACCACCUUCUGCAGGAAGAGUCCAGCUACAUCUUUGUGGGCGUGACGCAGGAAGCGGAGAGGGAAGAAUUUUACGAUGAGACGAGGCGGCUAUGCGACCUUCGCCUGUUCCACCCUAUCCUGAAAGUGAUCGAGCCAUUGGGAAACCGCGAAGAGAAGAUCCUGAACCGAGAGAUCGGGUUCGCCAUCGGGAUGCCAGUCUGUGAGUUUGAGAUGAUGAAGGACCCAGAGGUUCAGGACUUCCGUCGAGCCAUUUUGGGCGUGUGCAGGGAGGCUAUGGAGGAGCGGGAGGGGGGCGGCGCCCACAGCCAAGCGCUCUAUGUAUACCCGCCAAAUGUGGAGUCUAGCCCCCAACUUCCACAGCACAUCUACAGCAAGCUAGACAAAGGCAGACUGAUUGUAACCAUCUGGGUGAUUGUGUCGCCAACCAACUCAAAACAGAAAUAUACACUAAAGGUAAGCCAUGACAGCCUUCCAGAACAGCUGAUAGCAGAGUCCAUCAGGAAGAAGAGCAGAUCCAUGCACCUUUCUCCUCAGCAGCUCCGCCUCUGCGUACAGGAAUACCAGGGACAGUACAUCCUGAAGGUGUGCGGCUGUGAUGAGUACCUGUUGGAAAAGUAUCCACUCAGUCAGUACAAGUACAUCCGCUCCUGUAUCAUCGUAGGUCGUCUUCCGCACCUUAUGCUGGUUUCCAAAGACAGUCUUUACUGUCAGCUUCCUGCCUCUAGCUUUGUCACGCCUUCCUACAGUCGCCGGACUCCGCAGCCGUCUCCCUGUCCCGGAGGGUCCGACGGCUCGCCACCGCGCUCGCUGUGGGCUUUCAACACGCGGCUAAGAGUCCGAUUACUCUGUGCCACCUAUGUCAACGUCAACAUCAGAGACAUCGAUAAGAUCUAUGUAAGGACGGGGAUUUAUCACGGAGGAGAGCCACUAUGUGAUAACGUCAACACACAAAGAGUUCCGUGCUCUAACCCAAGAUGGAACGAAUGGCUGACCUAUGACAUCUACCUGGCUGAUUUGCCUCGCUCAGCCAGACUCUGCUUGUCUAUCUGCUCUGUGAAAGGAAGGAAAGGCGCCAAGGAGGAACACUGUCCACUGGCCUGGGGAAACGUCAACCUCUUUGACUAUAAGGACAUUCUGGUUUCAGGGAAAGUGGCGCUCAGUUUGUGGCCCGUCCCUCACGGCCUUGAGGAUCUGCUGAACCCCAUCGGCGUGGCCGGUUCCAAUCCGAACAAGGAAUCUCCCUGUGUCGAACUCGAGUUCUCCUGGUUCAACCAGCCGGUUGUGUUUCCGGACGAACAGCAAAUUGAAGAACACGCGAACUGGACCAUCAGCAGGGAGCUGGGCUUCAACUACACUCAUGGCAUGAACAGUCGCCUCGCUUGUGACAGCAGCGUCUCAGCAGCAGACGCCGAGCAGCUUCGAAGUCUCUGUUCCAAAGAUCCUCUCUAUGAACUCUCGGAACAGGAGAAAGACUUUCUGUGGAGACACAGACAUUACUGUGUCAACAUACCAGAGUCCCUACCCAAGCUGCUUCUUUCUGUCAAGUGGAAUUCUAGGGAUGAAGUAUCUCAGAUGUACUGCUUGUUGAAGGAAUGGCCUCUAAUGGAGUCCGAGUCAGCUCUGGAGUUACUGGAUUGCAAUUUUCCUGACCCGAUGGUGAGAGAGUUUGCGCUGCGCUGCUUGGUUCAGAGCCUGACGGACGACAAGCUGUCCCAGUAUCUACUACAGCUCGUACAGGUGUUGAAGUACGAGAUGUAUCUGGACAACCCGCUGGCCCGUUUUCUGAUCAAGAAAGCCCUGAUCAAUCAGAGGAUAGGACACUUCUUUUUCUGGCAUCUCAAAUCUGAGAUGCAUAACAAGACGGUGUCACGUCGCUUUGGCCUGCUGCUGGAGGCCUUCUGCAGAGCCUGUGGCAUGUACCUCAAACACCUGAACAGACAGGUGGAGGCCAUGGAUAAACUGGUGAACCUCACCGAUACGCUGAAACAGGAGAAGAAGGACGAGACUCAGAAAACUCAGAUGAAGUUCCUGGUUGAGCACAUGUCCCGUCCAGAUUACAUGGAAGCUCUGCAGGGAUUUGUAUCUCCUCUGAACCCUGUGCACCAGUUGGGACACCUAAGGCUGGAGGAGUGCAGGAUUAUGUCCUCGGCAAAGCGCCCCCUGUGGUUGAACUGGGAGAACCCCGACAUCAUGUCGGAGCUGCUCUUCACCAACAAUGAGAUCAUCUUCAAGAACGGCGACGAUCUACGACAGGACAUGCUAACACUGCAGAUCAUCAAGAUCAUGGAAAACAUCUGGCAGAACCAAGGCCUGGACCUGCGCAUGCUCCCGUAUGGGUGCCUUUCUAUUGGCGACUGUGUUGGUCUCAUUGAGGUGGUGAAGAGCAGUUUCACCAUCAUGCAGAUUCAAUGCAAAGGAGGCCUAAAGGGGGCGCUGCAGUUCAACUCGAAUACUUUGCACCAUUGGAUUAAAGACAAGAACCGAGGAGAGGCGUAUGACCGUGCCAUCGACUUGUUCACCCGGUCGUGUGCCGGCUACUGCGUGGCCACGUUCAUCCUGGGAAUCGGCGACCGCCACAAUUCCAACAUCAUGGUGAAGGAGAACGGACAGCUUUUCCACAUCGACUUCGGUCACUUCCUGGAUCACAAGAAGAAGAAAUUCGGCUACAAGCGGGAGCGCGUCCCCUUUGUCCUUACGCAGGACUUCUUGAUCGUUAUCAGCAAAGGAAUCCAGGAGUCGACCAAGACAAAAGAGUUUGACAGGUUCCAGGAGAUGUGCUACAAGGCCUACCUUGCCAUCCGUCAGCACGCCAGCCUCUUCAUCAACUUGUUCUCGCUGCUACUCGGAUGCGGGAUGCCUGAACUGCAGAGCUUCGACGACAUCGCCUACCUGAGGAAAACACUGGCACUGGAAAAAAGCCAGCAGGAGGCGCUAGAGUACUUCAGCAAACAGAUGAAUGACGCUCAUCACGGAGGCUGGAGUACCAAGAUGGACUGGAUCUUCCACACCAUCCGACACAUGCCCAACGAGCACUAA